CAAGAAAUAAUUUCUAUCUGGCUCAUACUUGAAGCUGUCUUGUUGACUACUUGGGAGGUCAUAAUUGCUUCCAUUUCUCUUGUCUUUGCUUUGAAGAGAAGUACAGGUUAACUUCAAUACCUGUCCUUUUAUCCUAAUAUUUCAGCAUUGACAAAGACAAAAGUUGAAGUAAUUAAUUUUACUUACAACAUCCCUCAAAUAUGCUCUCACAAUUGAGAACGAGGGCAAAUGCCUCUCUUCUCACCUCAAGAAGAGCUUCACAAUAUGUGUAAGUAUCUCCAAAGUCUUCUUCUUUCCAAUUGACUAACUUUAUAUCAAGACGCUCUUUAUCUUCUACCUCAUCUCUCCGCACAUCAUCGGAUGACUCAGAACCAAAACUCAACAGAGUCUCAUCUACUAUCACACAACCAAAAUCACAAGGUGCUUCGCAGGCAAUGUUAUAUGCUACUGGGAUGACCGAAGAAAGAUUAAAUAAAGCACAAGUUGGUAUUUCCUCUGUAUGGUGGUCAGGGAAUCCUUGUAAUAUGCAUCUAUUGGAACUCAACCACAAAGUAAAGGAAGGAGUUGAAAGAGCUGGUUUAGUAGGAUAUCAAUUCAACACCAUUGGAGUUUCGGAUGGUAUUUCUAUGGGCACAAAGGGUAUGAGAUAUAGUCUUCAAUCAAGAGAUUUGAUUGCGGAUAGUAUUGAAACUGUUAUGGGUGGUCAAUGGUAUGAUGCAAAUAUCUCGAUUCCUGGAUGCGACAAGAAUAUGCCCGGUGUUAUGAUGGCAAUUGGAAGAGUUAACAGGCCUUCUCUUAUGGUUUAUGGUGGUUCGAUUAAACCAGGAUGUGCCUCAACUCAAAACAAUGCAGAUAUUGAUAUCGUUUCCGCAUUCCAAGCCUAUGGACAAUUCAUUACCGGAGAAAUUACGGAAGAACAAAGAUUCGAUGUUAUUCGUCAUGCUUGCCCAGGUCAAGGUGCAUGUGGUGGAAUGUAUACCGCAAACACAAUGGCAUCAGCAAUUGAAAUUAUGGGAAUGACCCUUCCUGGAUCUUCUACCAACCCAGCGGAUUCCAAGGCUAAAUUACUCGAAUGUUUCGCAGCUGGUGGUGCCAUCAAAAAUCUUCUUAAAGAGGACAUCAGACCUAGAGAUAUCAUGACUAGACAAGCCUUCGAAAAUGCUAUGAUUCUUGUUACUAUCACUGGAGGAUCUACUAAUGCUGUUCUUCACCUUAUUGCUAUGGCAGAUGCUGUAGGAAUUAAGCUCACGAUAGAUGACUUCCAAGCUGUUUCUGACCGAACACCUUUCCUUGCAGAUCUUAAACCAUCCGGUAAAUACGUCUUCAAUGAUCUUUACAGUAUCGGUGGUACUCCAGCUCUCAUUAAACUCCUCAUCAAAGAAGGUGUUAUUGAUGGAUCAGGAAUGACUGUAACUGGUAAAACUCUUGCCGAGAACGUCAAGGAUGUUCGUGAUUUCCCAUCCGAUCAAGAAAUUAUUCGUCCAUUCUCAGCUCCUAUUAAAGAAACCGGUCAUAUCCAAAUUCUACGUGGCUCCCUCGCACCAGGUGGAUCUGUCGGUAAGAUUACCGGUAAAGAAGGAUUACGAUUUGUCGGAAAAGCCAAGGUUUAUGAUGCUGAAAAUGAUUUCAUCGAAGCUCUCGAACGUGGUGAAAUUAAGAAAGGAGAAAAGACUGUUGUAGUCAUUCGUUAUGAAGGACCAAAGGGUGGACCAGGUAUGCCAGAGAUGUUAAAACCAUCUUCAGCAAUUAUGGGUGCCGGACUUGGACAGGAUGUCGCACUUAUUACCGAUGGACGUUUCAGUGGAGGAUCUCAUGGAUUCUUGAUUGGACAUAUUGUACCCGAAGCACAAGUUGGAGGACCUAUUGCGUUGGUUAGAGAUGGUGAUAAGAUUAUCAUUGAUGCAGAGACCAAAGUGUUGGAUUUGGAGGUUGAAGGUGGUGAGGAGGAAUUAGAAAGGAGAAGAAAAGAGUUCGUUGCGCCCCCGUUGAAAUAUACUAAGGGUACAUUAGCGAAAUACUCGAGAUUGGUGCAGGAUGCUAGUCAUGGAUGUAUUACCGAUGGAGAUAUUGUUGAGGCAUGAGAGAUGAGAUGAUAUCAAAUGGGUAAAGGGAAGAACAGAUGACAACAGAGGAUGAAAAUAAAUUGUAUAUUUUCAACUCCGGUCUGGAGCGACAGGAAUAGAACCGGUGAAACAAAAUCGGUGUUUCUUCAAUCUAUGAUGUAUUUUUCCUUACGAUAAUAGGAUGAAUAGCAAGUCUAAUUUCGACAGUUAAUUAAAUGAAUGAAUGAAUGAAUGAAUG